GCCGACCACCAUCAGCAGUCAACURCAUACUUUGAAGACCGAGGUCCAGCAACUKCAGUCGACGAACGCGGAUSACAAUCCGAAGAUGUACAAGAUGCCAACUUUCCAACUGGACAAGUUCGACGACUACACGCAGCAGGAUCCGGUCCUCUGGUGGGAAGCAUUCACAACGCAACUNAAGAUGUACAAGAUGCCAACUUUCCAACUGGACAAGUUCGACGACUACACGCAGCAGGAUCCGGUCCUCUGGUGGGAAGCAUUCACAACGCAACUCAGGAUUCUGCCCGUAGCCAAGCAUGCGUACAUCGGCGCCCUGUUCCUGAACUCAAAAGGCAGAUGCCAGACAUGGUUGAGCCACCUGGCAACCUCCCACGACGUUGACGUACCGGACUUGAAGGACAACAUCACAUGGGAGGAACUGACACGGCUGUGGAAGAAGCGGUUCAUCGUCGACGAUGCGCCGACACUCGCCAUCAACCGUCUGUUCACCAUGUCACAGGGCAACACUGCAACACGGGACUGGCUCACGGAGUGGCAGAAGAUUGCGGCAGUGCCCAAUCUAGACUUGCCAUUCGUACAUCUCAGACGUGAGUUCUACAACAGAUCUCUUGGUGAUCGCGAGCAGUAUUCAACCUUCGCUGAGAUCAUUGACAAGGCGAGGGAAAUCAUCAAGACGAACAUGUCAGCUGCACACGAGAAAUCAACAUGGCAGCCGACCUAUGUGGAGAAGGUACGAACAAGUCCGCGACAGCAGCACUUCGCUGCAGUCCAGUCGGACAGUGGAGAUAACCCAGCAACCACUCAAGCAUCAAGUGACGGAGAUCAGGUGGUUGCUGUCCAGCCGCGAAGCAACAACAAGUCCCGCAACAUUGGGAAGGCGAAAUCUGCAUCGCAAGCCGGAAAUGGACAGCCAGUACAAGUUCCAUGGGUCAAGUUUGGCUUGACCGAGGCGGAGUACAAGGUCCGCGGCCACUACGGCAGCUGCUAUUGGUGCAACAACACCAAGCACAAGACCUCCCUGUACGGAUUAGGGCAAGGACGAUGUGCGACCCCGCCUCAGCUCGGGAAACUAAGCUCCGCGGAAGGUGAGGCGACCCCACCUUCUACUCCGCCAGAUUCGCCCGCCUUGCUAGCGGCCUCCUGCACUUCUAGGGAGAACGCGAAUGUCGCAGGUUCUCGUUACACUUACGAGGACUAUGUUGUCCACUUGGUUCCACCGCUGGACCAACCGCUCCACGUGCAAGAAUCUACCGCAUGCACGGUUUCAUCACCAUCGGCAACCGAUUUGGCAGCUUCGCCGCCAUCUAUCGCCGGGGAUUCAUCGUCGUGGUCAAGACUUGAGGUGCUCGACCCACUGACGUUCACGGACUUCCAGUGGAUGCCCGUUCCCCCGACCGGACGAUUGUCGGAACCGCAUUGCAACGUUGUCGGGACUGGUGGGUCCCGAAUAACUUCCCAUCACUCGAGAGAUUGAAUACGGACAAUUUGUGCACAACAAAAAAAUCUGGAGUGA